UUAUACGCCUUUGGAGAUCAUCGUAAGGUGCGAGCCGAAUCCAAUGGGAUCUCACGUGUGCGCCUUUGCACUGUUGGUGCUGCUGCUGGUGGCGGCUGGUGACGCCAACCACAAGUCAAGCCACGCCACGAGGCACGGUGGGCGUGUCAGAGCGUCUCACGGGAUCAGCAAGGCGUCCCCAGUGACGAAGGGGGCGAAGGGCCAGAGCUCUUCCAACGAGCUGAAGCUGGAGACUCUCAAGGCCUCCAAAGAGAUCAAAUUCGACUUCGGUGACGAUGGGACGUUGGAGAAAGAAAUGAUGGCCACGUGGCGCUACGACCCCAAAAUGGUUCUGGUAUAUGACGUGACGAUGGAUAGUUACCAGCGGAACCGCAUAUUCCUGACGACGCCUCUCAUGCGGCGCGGCAUUCCGGUAACGCUGAGCACGAUCCCCUUCGACGGCGAGGAGGAUCCAAAGCAGAAGCCGUAUCCCAACGUGGAUAUACACCGCACCACGGAGGACACCAUCACCGACUGCGACAAUCAGCUGGUGGACAUCGUCACUACCGUGAAAACAUGGGCGGAUGAUGAUACUUUGUAUGCCAUUGACAAUGGUGUUCUGGAUUUGACAACGAGCCCCAAAAAUGUGUGUCCACCCAAAAUUGUCUCCUUCGACCUGCGGACUGAUGAGGUCAUCAACUCCGUAGUCAUCCAGAACGCAGCCUGCAACUCUAUGUACUCUACUUUAUGGGUGGACGCCUCGUGCGACACUGGUAGUCUGACGGCGUACAUCUCCGACACCAGAGCCUAUGUAUUGACGGUGACCGACCUCAGCACUGGAGCCUCGAGACACCUGCAGAGCCAGUACUUCCACCCCAAGCCAGGCUUCUUCUUUACCAAGGCAGGAGGACCAGCCCACUACAUUCCGCACGGCCUGUGUGGUGUAACGGCGUGCGACAGCUGCGACGGGAAACUCUUCUUCCAGGCUUUCGCCAGCAACAUCCAGGGCGUUGUGGACAAGCAUGUGGUUCACGAUGCAACCGACGGGGAGGUAUUGGACAUCAAGACGCAGCUUAACCUGCCUGGAGAGUUAUCUGGGACGAGCGGAGAAAUGGUGGUGCAUCCCAAUGGACAACUACUAUUCUUCCCCGUGCUAGAUGAUGUGGCCAUCUACUGCUGGAACACGACCAAGCCUCACGAUCCAAAGAACUUCCGCAUGAUAGCUCAAGACAGUGAACGCUUGGAGUAUGUCAGCAGCCUCAAUAUAGAGACCAAAACAGAAAGAUUAUACGUUGUGAGCGACCGAUUCACUUACUAUCUAUCAAAUACUACCGACUAUUCUGAAGAGAACUAUCGAAUUUUGUACAUUGACAUAAAGGAUAUACAAUGUUAAUUUGGCAAAUUACAGAUUUUGUGACUUCGAAGGACCUUUGUGUCUUGGUAAGAUCCAACAAAUGUCUUUUCCACUGUAUGAAAUACUGAACUCAAUGAAACAUAGAAUCUCCAGAAACUGAAGUCCAACUUAAUUUAUAGAUUUUUGAAACUCACAAUAAUGGGUAUUAAACUUAAAUAUUUUGCAACAAACAAUAUGAAAAUACAAUUCUUCAUAAUUAUCAAUUUAAAUAUUAACUGCUACAAUCACACAUGUAAAAACAUACACCAUGAAAGUGAUAAUAUAUGUGUCUUUUUUUUUAAAUUCUGAUUCAGUACAAUGGAAAACUGUGAAGUGCGGUUCAGUGUGCCGUCGUCGAUGAAAUUGUUAGUGACAGAACACAAGCUCACCGUUUCCGAUGGUUGUCUUACGCAAUAUAUCGAAAUACGCUAAAUAUAUCGAGAUACUGAUUUAUUUAUUACCAAAAUAUGUAACUGUGUGACACAAGAAAUGAUGAACUCAUCUAUUUAGUGUGCUCAAUAGUAUUUUACCUCCAUAUGAAAGUACU